AUAAAUAAUGUUUUUUUUCUUUUUGUUGAUUCCUCAAUCUCUCAUCAUACUCAUAAAUAGCCAUCUUCCGUUAUUUUGAAUUGUUGUUCAAUCAACAUUCAGAUUAUGAUAUCAUUUUGCCGGCGGCUACCUGCCGGCGGCGCCACUACAUCGGACGGUCGUGUUCAGUUCCGGCUGCCGACCGUUUCCGCGAAGAUUUGCGGGGUCCGUUACGGCUAUUCCGGCGGGCACCUAAAGCCGUUGAGAAUUCGGUUGGCGGUGGGGCCCACCAGGUAUGGUGGCGCGUGGGAGAGAUCAGUUAUUCCAAAGGAGAAGUUGGGGCUCUGCUCGUACGCCUUGGGGGAUCAGGGGGUGGCGCCGGAUGGCGGGAAUGAUGCAGUGGAGAGGAGUGGGAAUCGGACGGCGGAGGUGGCGGUGGCGGCCGCCGUGACGGUGGUGAUGGGUGUUGGGAAUCGGGUUCUAUAUAAACUGGCUUUGGUUCCAUUGAAACAGUACCCUUUCUUCCUUGCACAGCUUGCCACUUUCGGAUAUGUGAUUGUGUACUAUGGCAUAAUGUAUAUCCGGCAACAUGCUGGGAUUGUUACUGAUGAGAUGUUGCGUACGCCACAGACUCCAUUUAUUGUUAUUGGUCUGUUGGAGGCUCUUGCUGCUGCCACUGGAAUGGCAGCAGGAGCAAUUCUGUCAGGAGCAUCAAUUCCAAUUUUGUCUCAGACGUUUCUAGUGUGGCAAAUUCUCCUGUCAAUUAUUUUUCUUGGGAGAAGAUAUAAAGUCAACCAACUACUUGGUUGCUUUCUUGUAACCGUUGGCGUAAUUGUUACUGUAGCAAGUGGAGCUGGUGCUGGGAAUUCAUUAAAGGAAGGUGGUAUAUUUUGGAGUGUUUUGAUGAUAGUUUCAUUUUUACUCCAAGCGGCUGAUACCGUGCUGAAGGAGUUAAUCUUUUUGGAUGCGACACAAAAACUGAAGGGAGGUUCUCUGGACCUGUUUGUUGUCAAUUCAUACGGAUCUGCUUACCAAGCACUGUUUAUAUUCCUUCUCCUUCCCUUCUUGUCAAAAUUAUGGGGCAUCCCCUUCAGUCAACUACCAAACUACCUUAAAGAUGGUGCAGCCUGCUUCCUAAAUGUUGGUACAUUAUCAAAUGGAUGUGAUGGUGCCCCUCUGCUGCCUUUGCUCUUUAUUAUUGUAAACAUAGGUUUCAAUAUUGCAUUGCUUCAUCUCCUCAAGAUCUCUUCAGCUGUUCUAUCUUGUCUUGCUUCAACAUUUUCAGUCCCUAUAUCUAUCUACGUGUUCACUAUGCCAUUGCCAUAUCUUGGUGUUGCCUCCUCUCUUCCAACAGGGUUUCUGGCAGGGGCCAUCAUUCUCAUUAUAGGCUUACUCAUUUAUGCAUGGACCCCUUCAAAUGGUUCCUCAGGUGCUUCCUUUUCGGUUUCCUAGAGAGGCUAAGAUGGGUUAGAAUGAGUUCAAACAAAUGAGUUGACAAUUCAUUGCAUACGGUACCACACUACACACAACAAAUUCAGGUCCACUUUUCCUUGACGGCUAUAAGAAGGAGAAAGAAAAAUGUUGUAUAUAAUUUGUUUCAAUGCAAUAAAUUGCUAAUGAGCAUCAUUGAUGAGCUAAGCUCAAUUGAUAAAGAAAAAGUAGGGAAUAGAAUAGAAGAGGUCUCAAGUUCAAUGUUGUUUGAGUUAAGAAAAAAGAAAUGGAGAAUAGAAGUCGUUUUGUUGACUAAGAAAAAAAAAAUUGUCAAGAGAACGUUA